UCUUCCACUCCCGUCAACACUUCCAGUUACCUUAUCCCGUCUUGAUCAUGGAAGACGUGAUUGCAUGCUUGUAUCCCCAUGAGGACGCCACUGACCAGAACUAUGCAAAAGUUGCAGUUGACAAGGUGGAGAACAGAUCGCGAAGAGUAGCUGCACAAGCACCUGCAGCUUUACUUGACCUGCCGGGCCGCACCACCCGCGAAUCGACAGUUUCGUUCUAUGACGAAAGCGAGGAGUCGGAUUCAGAACCUCCCAACAUUGAAGGACUGCAAUUGACUUUCACUCUCGGCCCGAAGGCAGCGCCCGGAUUUUGGCUAGGAACGGCUGAAGGUUGCGAUAUCGUCCUUCCAUCAUCAUUACCAAGCAUUAGCCGCCACCACUGCUUCUUGAGCUUCGACGAGGAAGGACGAUUGAUCGUGCGGGACCAUUCAAAACACGGGACCAUUGUUGAAUACGACGGCAAAGGAAAGGAGAGGCGCCGCAACUUCACUUGGAUUAUUGGCGGACACAUAGGCCCGGACAACACAAAGAAAAUUGUUAUCGAGCUCAACACAAAGCUGCGAUUUCGAAUUUUGGUCUCAAAACCUUCAUUUCCGACGACAUACUCCGACAACGUAAAGAUGUUUCGGGCCAAUUUUGCUGCGGAGACAAGCCUGCCUUUAGGGGCACUUGGUAUUCAGAGCAAUGCUUCAACAGCAGCUUCCAGUGGAACAUCGAGCCCUACCGGAGACCACAUCUUUCUUGGCGAAAAGAAACUUGGAAGCGGAUCCUUCGCAACAGUGUUCCGCGUCUGGGACGUCAGUACCGGCGCCGAAUUCGCUUCCAAGAGGUUUAAUGACGAUCAGACGUCCGAGUGGCAGAGGGAGAAAUCGGUCAUGGAAUUGAUCUCGCAUAAGCAUAUUGUCCCCCUGCAUUGCGCAUUGCAGAAGCCGAUUCUCCAAUUAGUUCUGGAAUACCAACCUCUUGGAGCUCUUUCCGAGCAGCUCCAUAUCUCCAGAAAUGAGGUUAUCAUAAUCCUACAACAAGGCCUCUCGGCUUUGACAUACCUUCACGGACGUACUCCGCCAAUCGCACAUCGAGAUAUCAAACCCGCCAAUAUUCUCGUCUACACUCGAAACCCUCUCCUAAUCAAACUCGGAGACUUUGGCCUAUCCAAAGCAAACCAAAACUUCAAAACGCAUUGCGGAACUCACAGGUAUAUGGCUCCCGAGAUCUUUACGUCAGAAACAAGGCAACUGCGCCAGUAUUCAUGCGCAGUUGAUAUUUGGUCGUUUGGCUUAGUUAUCCUCGAGUACGCCUAUGGAUCUCCACCAAGAUGCAGAGAAUUGUCUUGGUUGGGGAGGAUAGUCAAGCAUCUGAACGAGUGCCACGAAAGUGAACCUGAUGGCUUGACUGAUCUCUUGUUAGACAUGCUCGUCAUUGAUCCAAAGGAGCGAAUAUCGGCUGCAGAGUGCCUAGCAAGAGCAUUGCGGCUGCCUGUAGACGUGGAUCUACCCUCGACACCCAGGCCCGUCCAGCCAUAUGCAGCCAUCGCACAGUCUAUCGAAGAGACCUCUACCUUAAAACCGAACCAGCGCUCCAUGGUCUCUGUAUUUGCCAAUCAGGCGCCACAAGCGACAAGAGGACCUGUCGGCAUCAGCCAACGAGAACGCGCCAUGACUCCGAGACCAUUUACUGUUUAACACAACCACGGGAGGGCGAAGUACUGGAGGGCUUAGAGAGUUGGUCGACUGCGACCCAAGGCAGGAGAGGCGUUACGUAUCCUUCCGGUGUGCAGGAUGCAACCAAUAUCUCUGGCUGUACGAUCCCGACGUAGUCCUAACCACCUCUCUUUGAUCAAGCUCGCACAUGUGGAAAAAUCAUCGUCGACGGGGAGAGGGAACGAAGAACUCGCUGAGUAGCAACAUUUUGUACAAGAUGCUCUGGGCUCUCACGUGCGAAGGGGUAGUAGUUGCUUGCAAUUUCGGAAUUUAUGUAGUUAGGUAUAGAGGAGGUACUAGGUAGGUAGGUAGGUAGGUAGGUAGGUGUUGGGGCUAUUGUGUUAACGGAAAGAUAUAACGGCAGAUUAUCAGACAGAUCCCCCCAAAUCAAAGACUAUUCC